AAGCACUUCACGGGGCGGAAGCUGGAGGUCUUCGGGGACUGGGACAACCUCCAAGGCCGAGGCUUCAUGAACCGGGUGACCUCUGUGCGCGUGGAGAGCGGGGCCUGGGUCUGCUUCGAUCACCCCGACUUCCGGGGCCAGCAGUUCGUUCUGGAGCACGGCGACUACCCCGACUUCUACCGCUGGAGCAGACACGACGACCACAUGGGCUCCUGUCGGCCUGUUGGAAUGCACGGGGAGCAUUUCCGCCUAGAAAUCUUCGAGGGCUGCAACUUCACGGGCCAGUGCCUGGAGUUCAAGGACGACUGUCCCUUCCUUCAGAGUCAGGGCUGGGCCAAGAACUGGGUCAACGCCAUCAAGGUGUACGGGGACGGAACGUGGGUCCUGUACGAGGAGCCCAACUACCGCGGCCGCAUGUACCUGGUGGAGCGGGGCGACUUCCGCAGCUUCUCCGACUGGGGGGCCCCCAGCGCGCGCGUCCAGUCCCUCCGCCGCGUGGCCAACUUCUUCCAACCGCCCGCCCGCCGCUGUCCGGCUGCGACCAGGAGCGGCCCCGAGAGAGGGACCGUCCCCGCAGCCGCCCGGGACUCGGACCGUGCGAAAUAA